CAUUGAUUUUACCUGUUCAAAGGUGUGAAAAACUUGUAGAUUUCAUGCUUAUCUUUGGCUUUGAAGAUGACUGAAAACUACAUCGAUUUAUUUGAAAGAUUGUCGAACACUGAAAAUGACAAUUUUAUUGAAAUUGUCCCGUUACUUGGAGAAGUUGCCUCUACGCUGAUCCUAAAUUGUCUUUUUGAUGAAUUUGGUAAAAUUCUGAAGAAUAUAGAGGUCUCGAAAUUAAAUAUUUUGAAAGACAACGAGAAGUUUCUUCGAGCAAUGAUAGCAUUCUACUAUGAAAAGAAAAGCUAUAGACAAGUCUUCGAAAUGUUGGCGACUGGUAAAUUUUCCGAUCAUUCUGGUUUGAUUGAAAUCUGGGAUAAUGCACAAUACGCACUGAAAGAGGAACAAGUGGGGAAACCUCUCACACCUUUGAUGAAGUUUCGCACACGACAGAAAUUUCCGCCACCUAUUAAUAUCAGCCCAUCUGGUGGAAGACCCACGACAAAACUGUCUGAUCAGGCAAAAUCUGUACUUAAAUCAUGGUGGUCUGAAAAUUCACAAAACCCUUAUCCUACACAAGGAACUAGGGAGGAGAUUGCGAAUCGAGCAGGCCUUACAAAUUGUCAGGUCAAAACAUGGUUUGCAAAUGCUAGACGUCGACAGAAAAUGAGCACAGAGAGAAACCAAAUGAACUAUGAACUGUACAUGAAAAAGAAACGUGAGCUUUUGAGUACAAAUGGCACACAAGCAAGGCCUAUAACUGCUGAAAUAGAUAAACCAAGUGCAUCUACCGAAAUACAUUCCAUUGACAAAACCAAUUUACAUGGAACAGGUACAAUGCGUAUACCUCAAUGCACAACGACUACUCCACAGCAGGGUUUUGAAGAAUCAUUUCAAAGCACCACCCAAGGUCGACACCCGUCACAACCUUUCAGGUAUUUUGUUACCAUUCCCAAGUUGAUGCCAUUGGACUAUAACAAUAAUUUUGUGUACGAUGGUAUACCGGCAGUUCAUGGACCGAAUUUCAACGAGUCCAUCAGCACAAACUGUAUUCAAAAUUUAACACAACUAUGUAGAAACGUUGAUUCUAGCGAUGCAGGCGACAGUGUAUACCAAGAGUUCCAAUCAAGAAAUCCCAUAUCACAUAAUAAUGGACUUCGACCAUUUGUCAAUGUUCAGAAUAACUACCAUCAUGCAUUUCGGUACCAGAAUAUUGAUGACACUCGUGUAUCAUUUGGACCAGAAAAUCAGUCCAGUCCAGUACCAAACUACUGGCCACGUGUACGAAACACUGUUCAGAAUUGUGCGCAAGUAACCGAUACUUAUGGCUUAAAUAACAUGGAUGGGAGAAAAAGUAUACACAUGUGUAACCAUAGUGAUCACAGACAGGCUUCUGACAUUUUUAACCCAAGAGCAGAAGUAAACGACCAGGUCUUCAGUAAUCCGGUGUGCCUAUCUCAACAUAUUAGUCCAAGAGUACCAACGUUUUCAUUCCAACAGAAUGAUUGUACCACAUUAGUUUCUGACCAAAGUCUAACAAAUACCCCUAGGUUAUUUUCACGUGCAGUAGAUAUCUCCACCAAAGUACUAAUAGGUAAGCAAUAA